GUAUGCUCAUCUUUUGCUACAGGGCCCAGACAACAGGAUGGAACGCUCUAUGAAUUUCGUACUUAUAAUCUUAAGCCCUCAAAGAUGAGUGAGUUCCUGGAAAAUAUUAAGAAAAAUAUUCAUCUUCGCACAGCUCACUCCGAAUUGGUUGGUUUCUGGAGUGUAGAAUUUGGAGGCAUACUGAACAAAGUAGUUCAUAUUUGGAAAUACGAUAAUUUUGCUCAUCGAACUGCAGUCCGGAAAGCUUUGGUCAAAGAUAAGGAAUGGCAAGAACAGUUCCUUAUUCCAAAUUUGGCUCACAUUGAUAAACAGGAGAUUGAGAUUACUUAUCUGGUCCCAUGGUGCAAAAUAGAGAGGCCUGCGAAAGAAGGAGUCUAUGAACUGGCUACUUUUCAGAUGAAACCUGGUGGUCCAGCUCUGUGGGGUGAUGCAUUUAAAAGGGCAGUUCAUACCCAUGUCAAUCGAGGCUACACAAAACUAGUUGGUGUUUUCCACACAGAAUAUGGAGCACUCAACAGAGUUCAUGUUCUUUGGUGGCAUGAGAGCGCUGACAGUCGUGCAGCUGGCAGACAUGAAUCUCACGAGGAUCCUAGAGUUGUGGCGGCUGUUCGGGAAAGUGUCAACUACCUGGAAUCUCAGCAGAAUAUACUUCUGAUUCCUACAUCAUUUUCACCGUUGAAAUAGUUUGGUACUGAAAAUACCAAGUAUUUCAUUAUCUGGUAUUAUAAAAUGUGUCCUCCAAUGGUGCUUAAAUUCUCCCAAGAAAAUUAUUCUUUUUUCUUUGAAGAAGGUGGUAAGUUAAUUCACUGUGUUCUUUACAUGUUUUAAAGCCAUGUCUAUCAUUUGUUACCCCUGUUGCAGGAAAUAAGAGUUUGUUUGCCCCUUAGUGUUUCAGAAUCUGUCAUAUGAAAAUAUCUAUCAAUUAGAAAAUAAUUUUAUUAGGUCUUAAUAGGAGAAAUCUGACCCUUUGAUUUUCAUGUUGAAGUGUCUUUAUAAUUAUUCAUUUUGCAUCUUAUUUUACAAAGAUACUUGUCACUGUAUUAAGGUCUUGAUUUUUCAUUUGUUUCAGACUAUUCUGUAUUUUAAUAAACUUUUGUUCAAAUAAUGAGGUCACAUUUUCAUCCCUGUGACCAUAUAUUUAUUUAAAUUAUUAAUAUACAUUAUCCAUCUUUGCAUCAUGUCUGCUUUCCUAAGGUUCUUUUCUUCAGUUUUUUUGCCCUGUAAAGUAUAUUUUAUAGUAUCAAAUGUGAUUCAUGAAAACAGUAGACAUAUCUCUUUGCUAUGUAAAAACAUACUACCAUUUAUGCCCUCUUGUGUGGUUUUCUCAUUAAUUAGUUGGAAAAUGUUAGGUCCCAGUACUUAAAAUCUUUGAAGACUUUGGUUUAUAUGCUGAAGUAUCUUCAUUUAUAAUUAAUUGCAAAUUAAUUAUUCAUUUGGAUCCUUGGUUUAAUGAUAUCUUUAUGGAUAUGGAAAUCUUUGCCCUAAUAAAAGCCUACCUGCAUAUUCUAA